AUGCUUUAAAGGACAAGCCAUUGGAGUGAAAUUAAUAAUAAUAAAAAUCUUGAAAAUAUCAAGUUGGAUACAAUAAAAUUAAAAUAACUCAAUGGAUAAUAAUAUGAAAAUCCUGUAAUAAUUAUUUAGUAUUUAGGUAAUAACCAAUCGUUGUUUGCAUUUAAAAGAAUGUUUUGAAUUAAAGGAAUUUGAAGAUUAGAUUAACAAUAAUUAAAAAUUUCUUUGUAGGAUCUGUAAUUAAAAUGCAAAAUAAUAUUCUGAUCUAAUGUGGGAUAUUCGAUAUUACGCUUAUAAAGAAUUUCAUAUAUCUGUUGAUGAAAUUCACAUCAUUUAUGGAUUGAUGGUCAAUAAAUACUAAAGAAAUAAAAAAUAUAUAGACUUGUUCACCAAACCUAGAAUUAAAGAAUAUUUUUUGCAAUUAAUGAGGUUAGGAGAUUCUAUUGCAAAUUUGGAGUCUCUGAUUAAUAAUACUGCCUAUUAAGAAUAAUCAUUUUAAUUAUAUUGUCUUUUAGAUUUUGUAAAAAUUAAUAUUCCCAUUAGAAUAAAAGGAUGCUUGCAUUUUGAAUGCUAUGAAUUCACAAGUUUACUAUAUUAUUAAUAAAAUAAUUAAUAAAAUUAGAACUUUUUCUAAUGUCUUUAUCCAGCAUGCAAAAUUCAAUUAAAUAUUUUUAGUUUAGAUACUUUUUUUAAUGGAAUAUUUUUUGAUGAUAAACUUUUAAAAGAAAUCAAGAAAAACAACCCAUCUUCAAUUAUUUUUAAUAUUAAUUAUAUAAAUUAAACCAUUAGUUAAAAUUCAUACUUUCCUUUCUCUGAAAUGUUAAAUUAAUACUCUAAUAAAUACAAUUAAUAAUUUACAAAAUAAUAAUAAUAAGAAUUAGAAGUUAGAUUUGACCAAACCUUAUUAUAAAUUACCUAAAGUAAUUUAUUACUUGAUAAUCCAGAAUUAAAGUAAAGUUUAUCCUAAAGCACAUCCUCAUUAUAAGAUAAUUUAGUUGAUUAAAUUACUAAAUAAAAAAUGGAAUUCCCAACCAGAUGUAUUAAAUGUCAAGAUUUUAACAAAUCAAUUGAUUUACUAACAUAUGUUUUUGAUUUUGUUUAUAAAAAACAAAUUGAUAAUACAUAAAAGUACUCAUGUCCUUUGUGCAAUUAAUCUUAAAAUUAAAUUAUGGCAAAUCACAAUCUAAAUAAAUACAUUUAUAUCGACUAAAUCUUAUUAUUAAAAUUAAUAAAACAAAAAAAUGAUAAAUAAAUUUCACCAAUUAGACAAUUGAAAGAUGUAUAAUUUGACAGAUUUUCAUUAUUGAAUCUCGAGACGAAAGUUAGAUAUGAAUAUCCAGUAAGAUUAUUGUAUUAAAUAGGCUUUAACUAAACGAUGUAUACAUAGAAAUAGAUGCUUUGAAUUCAAAGAAGCCAUGUAAGAAAUUCGAUAAUAAUAACGUUAUUAAUGCCCACAUUGUAAUUAAUAAGCAUAUAGUGAAAAUGAUUUUGUUUAAGAUUGGAGAGUUUAUGCUUAUAUUGAAUUUAAUGAAUAUGUUGAAGAUGUAACAAUAAUUAAAGGAUUUGCAGUUAAUAAAUAUUGUAGAAAUAAAUCUAGAUAUUUGAAUUUUUUCACUUCGACUGAAUAUGUAAAUCAAUUUAAACGAAUGUUCAAAAGUGUGAAUAAUGAUAUGUAAAUUGUAUCAUUAAUCAGAAGAGAUUUAUAAUAAUAAAAUUAAAAUAACAAUAAUAAAAUAAUUUUUUGGUGUUUUUGUUUGUUAGAUAAAGUGAAAAUCAAUAUCCCUGUUAGAAUAAGAGGAUGUCAACAUUAUGAAUGUUAUGAAUUAACUAGUUUAUUAUACUUUUAAGAUUAAAAUAGAAAAAAAAUACAAUAUUUUCAAUGCAAACAACCAGGAUGUUCAAAUCAAUUAAGAAUUGCUCAUAAAAACUAUGAAAACAGUUAUGAAAUAGAUGAAUAAGAUAAAAUACUUGAUAUCUAAUAAUUAUUUUCAGGCAUAUCUGUAGAUGUGAAUUUAUUAAAAGUCAUCAAAAAGAGUAAUCCAAGCGCAUUCAAAUUUUACUACAAUAAAUAAACUUAAAAUAUUAAAGAGGUUAUAAAUAAAAUAUAUGGCAAAGUCGUAGAUCCUCUCAUUUUUUAAUUCUAUGAGUAAUUUCCAAAUUUAUAAACCAAAAUAUAAUACUAAGAAUACCAAAGAUAAAUAUAAUAAUUGAUAAUUUCAGUGGGUUAAGGAGGUCUUCUUUAAGAAGAGCAAAAGAUAAGCAAAUAAUUGGUUUUAUACAGAUACAGAAAUUAUUAAGUAAUUAUGACAGACAAAUUCACAUAAUUUGUUAUUGAAUAUCCAGUGAGAUGUAGACUUUGUACAAAUUUAGAAGUUUGUAUGGAUAUCAGAAGUUAUAUUGCACAUUUUAAUUAUUAAAAAAAAACGUUUCCAGCAGAAGGUUAUACUUGUCCACUUUGUAAUUAAUAAUUAGGUGAAUCAAUUAUUAAAAUGAAUAUUUAAAAUCACAUAUAUUUGGAUCCAAAUAUGCUUUCAUACAUGUAUUAGGAUAUGCCUAUUAUUUAAAAUACCAAAAUUUUUAAUUAUCAAGGUGAAUAAUAUUUGCUGUAAGAAUUUUAGGAUAGAUACAUAAUUAAAAGAGAGAAUUUUGUUGCAAGAUUACCAGAUAGAUAGGUUGUAUUCAGGCAACUGUUUUGUAUAGUUAAUAUAGAAUAGAGAAUUAAAUAACCUUUAAUGCUAUAAUAAUGUCCUGAUAGAAACAGUGUUGAUUUUAAAUCGUUUUAUCAAGAAUUAACCAAAAUUAAUUUUGAUUUAGAAAAUUAAGGACUUAUCUUAUGUAAUUGUAGAUUUUGCUAGAGUAAUCCCAUUAAGUCUAUUACAGGAUAAAUCUAUUUUCAUGAAGCCUUUUAUGAAGCUUUAAAUAAAUAUUAUCAAAUCUAAGAUAAUAAUUAAAAUGAGAAUAGCUUUACUUAUACAUUUGCUGACACAGAGAGAGAUAGUUCAGUGGUAAAUAAUCGAAUUCCCCUUUUUUUCAAUCUUUAAAGCAGUAUUCUCAUUCCUAAGAGGGAACCUCAACAUACAUUACGUUAAGAAUUUUUAGAUUUAUGGACCGACGAGAAAUAUCAAAGGGUAUAUUCCAGACAAUAUAGAAAAGGUCAUAGUUUUAAAAUAUAAAAUAUUAAAAUAUAAAUUGGUAGUUUCUCAAUCAAGUUAGAGAAUGAAGGAAUUUAUGUAGACUUAAUAAGUGUAAUGCGAUCUAUCAAUUAAAAUAAUAAUAGACGAUCAGAAAGACCCUUUUUGCAAAUAAAGAAGAUUGUUUUUGAGUUAAAAUAAGAUUAAAUCUCUGGAUUAAUUAGUAAUAAUUAUAGAUUUGCGCUAAAUGAAUGA